AUGAGUCCAUCUGCGAUUGAAGUCGAAUCCGGAAAGGCCCCUAAGGCCAUGGAUACUUUCCUGCAGGCCUUGCCCUCCAAGAACCUGGAGCCUUUGUGGUCUAAGAUGAGUGCAAUGGUUCCCCCGACUCCCAACCCAACAGCCGAGCCAGCGCUAUGGAAAUACGAGGAGAUGCUUCCUCAUCUACAUUUAGCAGCCAAGCUCGUACCAGAGGAAGAUGCAGAACGGAGAGUGCUGAUGUUGGUAAACCCGAAGAUGAAGUCCCCCCAUACCACUGAUACCAUCUAUGGCGGUCUCCAGAUCGUCAAACCAGGGGAGACUGCACCCGCCCACCGCCAUAUCGCAUAUGCUUGCCGCUUCAUUGUUGAAGGAGAAGGUUUCACUGCUGUGGAAGGCCAGAAAAUGCCCCUCGUGCGGGGUGAUGUUGUCGUCACACCUACGUGGCAUUGGCAUGAUCACGGCAACGAAAGCGACGCUCCCGUAAUCUGGUUGGAUAUGCUGAACCUACCUCUAUUUACCUACUCGCCCGUUCACUAUGCCGAAGGAUACGCCGAGAAGCGCUACCCUAGCACGCCCUCUGAUCCUUGCGAGUGGCGACACCCUUGGGCACCUGUGCAAAAGACACUGGAUGCAAGCACUGAACAACACGCGAUCUAUCAUUACAAACAGAAGAAUGGGGCGCCUCUUUCUACAACCUUGGGCCUUCAAGCGGAGCGUCUGGCUCCUGGAGCGUCCUCCAAAGAAACCUUGGAUAGCUCUUCCUUCAUAUAUCAUUGCGUGGAAGGCAAGGGAUAUACCACGAUCGACUCGCCAUCUAAGGAAAAGGUUACAUUCAAGUGGAUUUCAAAGGAUACAUUCGCUGUACCUGCUGGAUCAAAGAUUCAGCAUUUCAAUGAAUCCAAAGAAGAGGUGGCAUAUCUCGUUGCGGUGAAUGAUGGCCCCUUCUUAGACCUUCUCGGCCUGCGACAUCCAUGA